GGAGAUGAAUUUCGUUGCUAUCAUUUCCACCAUCUAACCGGCACAUGGCUCAAACUGAAGAAAACCCCGAAUUCUUCCCUUCGAUCGCAGACGUUGUCGAUAAAACCAAUGCCGGAGAUGAAGAAGAUAUCAGCGCUAAACCGAUGGAGGAGAUCGAGUCUCUUUGUAUGCAGUGUGGGGAGCAGGGAGUAACGCGAAUGAUGCUCACGUCCAUCCCAUUCUUCCGGGAAGUUAUCGUGAUGAGCUUCCGAUGCGAACAUUGUGGCCAUUCAAAUAACGAGAUUCAGUCGGCGGGGAAGAUUAGACCUGAAGGCGCUAUGUACACAGUCAAAAUCCUUAAUCGCAGUGACCUUGACCGCCAGCUCAUCCGCUCAGAGUCUUGUGCGAUCAAUAUCCCUGAAUUUCAGCUGGUCCUUCCGCCUUCCCGUGGGCAGCUUACAACUGUCGAGGGUCUUCUCAGGGACAUUGUUGCGGAUCUCAACGUACAGCAGCCACUCAGGCGCAUCCAAGAUGAGAACGCAUACGCUAAGAUCCAGGAAAUUAUCGAUGGCCUCGAGGAGAUCAUUGCUGAUGACGAAGAGGAAGAUGUAGAAGGAAAGGACAAGCUUGAGAAGAGAGACCUUUCGAAAGAGGAUCCAGUUGCACGUGCGAUCACUAUUACUCUUGACGAUCCAUCUGGGAAUUCGUUCCUUGAGUUUGUGGGCAGCAUGUCUGAUCUAAAAUGGAACAUGCGCACAUACGAGCGAUCGCUCGAGCAGAAUCGGCAGCUUGGAUUGGCACCCCCUGCAGAAGACAAGGAAGAAAAUGCGGUAGAUGAGACAGAACAGCAACAACCUGGGGGUCCGGACGAGGAAGUGUUCGAGUUCCCUGGUAUCUGUUCGCGCUGCAGCCGGCCUCUUGUCACGCGCAUGAAGAAAGUUUCUAUCCCUUAUUUUAAGGACACUCUUAUAAUGUCAACUAACUGCGACAACUGCGGAUAUCGGGAUAAUGAGAUUAAGUCAGGGGCUGCAAUUUCUGAGCUUGGCAAGAAGAUCACAUUAAAGGUGGAAGAUAGAGACGACCUGAGCCGCGACAUACUUAAAAGCGACACGAGCGGCCUUAGCAUACCGGAGAUAGAUCUCGCUCUUCACCCCGGCACACUAGGUGGACGUUUCACAACUUUGGAAGGCAUUUUAGAUCAGGUAUACGAGGAACUCACCGAGAAAGUAUUUAACACGGGUGACUCUGGGGUCGCAGAUGUUGACGAUAGAGCUGCGUUCCAGGAAUUCUUGAGAAAGCUUAAGCAGGUCAAGAACGCCGAGAUACCAUUCACCUUGAUACUGGAUGACCCUCUAGCGAACUCAUACGUGCAGAAUUUGUAUGCACCUGAUCCAGAUCCGAAUAUGGAGGUCGUCGCAUACGAGCGAACGUGGCAACAGAAUGAGGAUCUUGGAUUGAAUGAUAUGAAUGUGGAAUCAUAUAGCGGCGAUGGUACGACGGACGGUGAUGUAAAAACACAGAGUUCAUAGGAGUGAAAGUCUGCCACGUCGGUUCGGACCGUCUACUCUGCAGACAGAGCUACUUACUAGGAUUAUAUUGUAAAGAAGACGGCUAUAUCGUUGAUUACAAGUGACUUCGACCUGCGAAACGGACCUAGUGUGUGCUGUCACAACGACUAUUAUUAGUCCACAGCUUUUGGAAUCCAAUCAAUAACAGGUUUUCUUGGCU